UGCUGCAAACCAAAAACAACAUGUAAACUUUGACAGAAGUGGGCACUUAAUAAAAUAUUUAUUACCAUGCACAUAUGUUGUCUCUAUAUAAUUGAAUGUUCAAAUAUGUUGCUUGAAAGGCUGUGAAGUAAAUAUUUAACAAUUUUUUAUGAUUAAUUUGUUUUAAUUGCAAAGAUAAGUGUAUAUCAGAUUAUUAUUGAUUCAAAAUGCUGAAACAACAUAUACUAGUUGAACUCAAACAAUUCAUACAAUAUGUGAGUGCUUAUCGUGGCGGGAAUCCUAAAACAUUGACCUCAAAUGCGCUGGUGCGUACAUCGUUGCACUUGUUGGAGGAUCUUCCGGCUGCACGGGAAAUAGUUUUUGAAUACUUUGCCCUUGUAGCUGAAGUUGGCGUGCAGAGUUAUGUGAAUACGGCAAAUGUGGAUCUCCAGACAGGAGUUGGUAUACAGCAGCAAAAGUUGAGCACGAGCCAACAACAGCAGCAACAGCUCACAGUGUCAAUGGAAGACCCAUGUUUCGAAUUUAUUCAGCUAGCUUUGGAGAACAUGGUUAGUAAAGGACCAGGAGCCUGGGGAGCGGUCAUUGCGUCAUGGUGUUUGGAUCUGGUUGGAAGUCUAUCGGACAAAUAUAGUAAACGAAUGUCUAUUGGUGCUGCCUGCAACUAUUGGCUUAAUUGCAGUACAAUGCGUGGUCUACUGACUUUAAUCAGUAUAUGUUUUCGCAAACUAACAAAUGCAGAAGCUGAAACUUGUGUCGAAACGCUUUUAGCUGCAUAUCAACGGUAUUCUAUGACUUUUGAUUGGGUCGUAGCACGUUUAGGUGGGUGUUUUCCUUCGAAAAUUAUCUCGCAAAUUUUGCAAUGCAGUUUAAAAAGAUUUGCUGAUGAUUAUCGCUGCCAGUUUGACUCCGAAAUUGGAAUUUUAGAGUAUCUUUGUUUCGCCCAUGAACAAGUGCUUCGAAAUUCGGUUCGUGAUCUUUUGCAGGAGGGUCUUCAGCCCAAGAAAAACUUAGACGCUUUGAUUGUUCCGUUUCUCUUAGAGUUUGGCAACUAUUCCGACAUCAUAUUGCAAAAUAUGGUCAGUGUUUUCUUAGAUUUAUAUAAUGAUGAUAUGAGAGCAGUUAUUAUACAAAAGGCACCACUUUGGAUGUCAAACAGAUUAUUUGCAGACAUGCAGCCUUCACUGAAUAAUAUUGUUUUGCGUUUAAAAUCUCAUGGGGCAAAAUUAUUGAUUACCGCCUCAAAAAUGGCUGAUCAUAAUGCUUGGUGUCAGGACUUUUUGGAGUACUCUUUGCAGGAGUUGGAACAAAUAGUUUUGAAUGCGAGACUUUGUCCGCUUAUGGAUGAUUUGGCUACAGAGGAAACAAAAUAUAUGCUCUGGAAGAGUUGUCUCAGUACGAACAUUUAUGAACAGCAAACAGCUGUACGAUUGAUUUUAAUAGUUUCUACACAACAUUCCCAUAUAUACUAUCAAACUAUUUCGGAGUUAUUACGUAAAUCUUAUUCUCAUAAUCCAUCUGGACUCGGAGCCGUUAUACGUCUAAUUGGAGGUCAAUCUGGUGUUGUUGAGUUUCCAGAUAUUAAGCCGGGCAUAAAAAUGGUUUUGGAAGAUGUUUUACUCCAAGAACAAUUUAAAAAGUCCCGUUUAUCUGCAAUAGAUUAUUCGGAGGCAUUUAACACUUUUAAGAACCUCAACACUUUAACUAUUAUGCAAAAGAAAAACAAUGCUUCAUGUAUGAGACAGCAACAAUUAGUUUGGGCUUUAAAUGAAUGUUUGGCAAAAAUUUUACAAAUACUAGAGGUUACUCUUAAUAAGCUUAUUUUACAUAUGGAUGCAGUAGCAUCUAAACGAAGUGAUGAUAAAUAUAGAGAAAUGCAAAACCAAACGAAUAACAACACGAUCCAUAUUAAUGGCUCGUGGAAAAAGCAAAAAAUUGACUUAAUUAUGGGGGAAAAUAUGGAUGAACCGGCAAAUGUAGCAGGAUGUGUAACGGAACGUCAAAUAUUAGCUCAUGCUAUAAUUGACCUGCUGAACACAAUUGAGGCAGGAUCUAAAACAACGGUUUUGCGUUCCACUGAGGUUUUAAAAUUGUCCGUUUUGAGUGUUAAAUAUUUCUUUAUCAGUUUAACAGAAAAAACACCUGCACUACGCGAGCAAGCUGUCAAUCGUUCGUACGAGUUGUUUCAACGACAAUGUCGUGCUCGCAAGGCCUCUCGAUCUGCUUGUUUGAGGGAGUUAAUUGAGGGGUCGUUGUUUUAUUAUGGCUAUUUAUUUGGGCAGUACGAUGAACCUGUAUUUGAUGAGUUACAGAUACCAGAUCAUGAAAUGGUAUUAUUGCAGAAUCAAAAGCAAAGUCUGGGUCCCAAUGCGAAUCGUUCAAUUUUACACGCUGGUGUUAUUGGUCGAGGUCUUAGACCCGAAAAUAUGUGUAUUGGUGUGGCAUGUCCUCCUGAAAUGCAAACUUUAUUUUUAAAGGCUUUGGAUGUCUGCUGCAGUGAUUAUGAUCGUCAAAUAGUUGUAGAAGCUUAUUCAACGAUUUCGCUUCUGCUAGUAGAAUUGGUUUCUACAGAUGUGAUGUAUAAUGGUUUGCCUUUUCCAGACGAAGAGUUUACAAAAGUCACAAUGGAAAGGGAUUUAUUAAUACGACGUGCGCUCUUAACAUCUCCUAUACUUUGGGCAUUAUUAGGAUUCAUUGCAACUCAUAGACCUGCCCUUUGUUUUUCAUCUGUCUUAUUGAGAGCUCUUUGUGCCACUUCCCUACAUCAGUGGAGAGCUAAAAAUGUUAACAAGUUUGAAACAAUUAAUCAGGCAGGUGAACUAUUGCAAUGUACAAAAAAUCUUUUGAAAAUAUUGGCUAUGGGACAAUUGUUGCCGCCGCCCCUAUCGAAUUUACACGUUAUAAUAGAACAUUUCGAACCACCAGAGAUUGCUUUGCUAUUGAAAGAGUGUGUAUGGAACUAUUUGAAAGAUCAUGUCCCAUCACCGGCUUUAUUUCACGUCGAUAAUAACGGUUUACAGUGGCGUAAUGGCCAAUUGUGUAAAAUACCUCCACAAUAUGUGGAUACUUUGCGAAAUCUCAUGCAAAAGAAAUUAACAAAGCUUGGCCAACAUUAUUAUCAAAUGUUUAUCAUGCCUGAAGUCAAUUUACAACAAUUUUCUUCCAGUUCAACAGCAUUAUCGAUAAGUACAGCCACGCCUACAGAAUCAUUACAAAAUAUUGAAAAUUUAUCCUGAUCUUACACAUCCGCCAUUUUCAACAAUAACAAAUAAGCAAAAUAUUCAGGCAGAUUAAUAAUACAUUAAAUAUGACCGUUUCAAUGUCGGAAAUAUUGUAUUAAUAGUUGCAUUCAUGUUUUUGCAGCAAUGUGAGAUAAUCGUUGUUUCUAUUACAUACCAGUAGUUUUGGGCUAAAAAUGUAAAAUAUUUGAAACCGUAAAUAAACCUACUUUUUCUAAAUUAAA